AAUAUAUAUAAUAAAAUUAGGCAGCACCAACCACCAUACGCCGCGUAAUAGAAGAUUUUUGACGACAUUUAUCCUUCUCUUCAUCCUCUUCAUCUCCUUCCAGCUUUAUUCUCUUCAGUUUAUCAUCCUCUCGCCGCCGUGAUGUCGCCGGCGCCGGAAAACGUACCUCUACUGCCGGCAGCAAAGCCGUGCACGAGGACUGCGUCGGUCUCCGGCGCCGUGUUCAACGUCUCGACCAGUAUAAUCGGUGCUGGAAUCAUGUCGAUUCCCUUCGCUCUAAAAGUCCUCGGCAUAAUCCCCGCCCUCGUUUUGAUCGUGUUUGUCGCUUUCCUUACUGACAUAUCGGUGGAGCUUUUGCUUAGAUUCACUCAUUCCGGCGACUCGACGACCUACGCCGGCGUCAUGAAGGAGUCGUUCGGUCCGAUUGGUUCGAUUGCUACGCAAAUUUGUAUCAUGAUUACUAAUCUCGGUUGCUUGAUUAUGUAUCAGAUUAUAAUAGGAGAUGUGUUCUCCGGCAAUAAAGAAGGGGGAAAGGUACAUUUAGGAGUUUUACAAGAAUGGUUUGGGAAUCACUGGUGGAACGCCAGAGAGUUCUCGAUUCUUUUCACUCUUGUUUUCAUUCUACUUCCUCUGGUUCUCCUCCGACGAGUCGAUUCUUUGAGAUUCAGUUCGUUUGUAUCGGUUGUUCUGGCCGUUGUUUUCGUUGGGAUAAGCUCUGUAAUGGCGAUCAUGGCGAUCUUUGAAGGAAAAACAAAGAGCACCAGAUUGGUACCGGAGCUUGACGAAGAAACCUCCUUCUUCGACCUUUUCACUGCUGUACCAGUUCUCGUCACAGCUUUCUGCUUCCAUUUCAAUGUUCAUCCAAUAAGUUCUGAGCUUCAUAAGCCAUCAAAUAUGAUCAUUGCGGUUCGGAUCGCGCUCCUUCUUUGCGCCGUUGUCUAUUUCGUGAUCGGAAUUUUCGGGUACUUGUUAUUUGGGGACUCAUUAAUGUCAGAUAUUCUGAUGAACUUUGAUCAGAGUGCUGAUACAACAGGGGCUUUGUUGAAUGAUGUAGUGAGAUUAAGCUAUGCAGUUCAUUUGAUGCUUGUUUUCCCUUUGCUAAACUUCCCAUUAAGGUCCAACAUAAAUGAAUUAUUGUUCCCAAAGAAGGCUCCUUUGGGCACAGAUCAAACCAGGUUUCUGGCAAUUACAAUGGCUUUGUUGGUCUUCUCCUACCUAGCUGCAAUAGCAUUCCCAAAUAUAUGGUACAUCUUUCAAUUCAUGGGCUCAACUUCAGCUGCUUGCCUCGCUUUCAUUUUCCCCGGUGCCAUUGCUCUCAGGGAUGUGAAUGGAAUAGCAACAAAGAAGGAUAAGGUGGUUGCUUUAGGAAUGGUAAUUCUGGCAGUGUUGACUAGCAUUAUUGCCAUUUCCAUAAACAUAAAUAAAGCAUUGAAAAGCAAUCAUUAGAAAUUAUUGAAUGUUUUGGAAAUUCUCUCUGUCUAUUAAAAAAAAAAAUGUUUUGGAAACUCCAAUUAUUUGUUUUUGGAGAUGAUGAUUGGUUGUAUAGUUUGUAUUUGUAAGAGCUCUCUCUCUCUCUCUCUCUCUCUCCUAUUUUUAAGUUCAAUUUUGUAUAUUUUGAAAUAACUUUAUAAAUUUAUGGUUGGAUUCUCUCCAUUUGUUGUA